AUGAAGUUGGUUACGACUCCGGUGGACCCCAAGCUUAGCAAAGCCAAGGUUGGCAAGGACCAAACCUCGGCUAUCUCUUCACGGCAAGCAGAGGGUGCUGGCACAAAAGCCAAACCUCCUACUCCGAAGGUGAAACUGAAGGGCACCUCGAUCCAGGCAGAGGGCAAGGAAAAACGCACGGGCACUCAGAGGGCCCCCUUGGGGACAUCCUCUUUAGCGGGCAAUGACCUGCAGGGACACUUGAUGUCGAAAGACUCGGGGGGCCAGGGGGCUCCGGUAAAUGCUCUCUAG